UCCGCACUCUACACAAGGUAUUGAUCGUCAACUCAGAUUUCGCUCGAAGUUUUGCAGAAAUAACGUAGUCGAGCGAGGUAUAUUUUUCGUUGUACCAGCGAGCCAUUGAAUAAUAAUUACCUGAUGGCGGGAUUACCAGAUGGCAGAUGCACUCGAUGGCGAAGAAAGGCCACCGGAAGGCCAUACCUGGCACGUGCGGGGUUGCUACAGACCGCCCACAUACUCGAGUGAUACCUAUCCGCGAUUUCCGCAGGAGCUGAUUGACCGCACCUGCGAGCUCCUCCGGUUGGAUCCUUUCACACUGACAAAGUGCUGCCUUGUUUGCCACGCUUGGUAUCAUGCUGCACUGCGCGUCUCCUGGAACUCCAGCGUCAAGUUGCAGACCCGAGAAGCCUUGGAUGACUGCGCAUACAUGCUCAUGUUGAAAAACAAUCGAUCAUAUGGCAAAACUUUUCUUGGCUUGGAGAUUCAAGACGACCCUCAAAAGCCACUCGCCCACAUCUGGCCAAUGCGCAUUCCUGGGUAUUUCCUACCGCGAUUGGAGCACCUGACACUCGUCAACUUCGACUGGACAGCAACCAGACCACAUGAUCUUUUCUUUCACUUCCUUUCCUAUUACACCAGCAUCAAAACUCUGGAAAUCACACGGUGCCAGUUUCACAGUAUAGCGGAACUCCGUAGGAUCUCCACCACACUUCCGAACCUCGAAACCUUGUCUCUCGCGGAGAUCACACUGCAGCACCAACUCGUUCCAGGUUUGGUGUCACGCUAUCUUCCCAUUUUGUCUCGCAACAAGCUCAAGGAAAUAAUUAUUGGGACUAUCGGCCAUGCCACUCAUGAGCUCACGGGGGCGAGGGACACUCACAUCCCAUCUGUGUACCGUCAAUUUCUAUGGGACACAUGUGUCACGUACUCCUACGUAACAGAGCUACAGUUGGACCUGCGCUACUACUCUUCGCUCUCGAGUCUUCAUCGGUUUCUGCACCAUUUCCCACAUCUGUCCCAUUUGUUGCUACACGAUGCAGAGAUCGGCUCCCAUGUCGAGCCUGCAUCAGCAGCAGACCUGGCCCUAUACACAGCACAUGCACCCAACCCCUCUCUGUCGAAUUUACGAUUCGAAGAUGUGCCUGCAUCAUUAGCGCUACAGAUUCUACUGGUAUUAUCCCCGCAGGCUUGUCGCAGACUGGAAAGCCUGCGGGUGUCCUCUCCAGAAGGAGGUUCUAUGUCUCGCCGGAGCUGGGCUGAAGACGUUUGAGUGGGAUCACAUUCCCGUUGAUGAACACUCCAUGCACGAUGAUGUUCCGCGAUUCACAGCAAACACAUCACUGACAGGCCUGAAGAUCGCUCUCAGCCGUGUUGAUCCAUCACCCACGAGCAUCCAGAGGGCCCUGGGAACCUUGUUAUUUGACAUACGAAGCCCGCAUCUGGAGCAACUCACGAUCAACAUUGACCUGAAUCGGACCCGCUACGACACGAUUGAAGAUAGGGACGAGACCUCAGUCAGCGAGGCAGACCCUCCCGGCUCCACCUCCACUUUCCAUGCUGUACUCUCUCGUAGCGUCUUUGACCAACUUCCAGCAGUUUCUUGGACCUCGUACCAGGUUACCGG